AAAAUACUAAUUCAUUUGUGUUUUUAGGAUGAAACGAGUAGAGGACGAGAGAGAGACGGUGCCGACAGGCCCGCCACCGACCAACAUUGCACCGCCACGACCAACGUUCGCCCAGGUAGCAAGAUCACCAGCUAGACUGCCAACGCCAGCAACGUCGUCAACGCCUCUGCAGGGUUCAGGGGCGGGGAUAACCAGCUUGAGGAUCGGCGCGACCACACCAAGGCUGCGCCUGCGCCAAUCCACAGCUGGUCUGAUGACGAGGCCAGAGAGCAGCCAGCAGCGAAAUGGGAGCAACGAGGAGAGGCCAAGGACAGAGACGGUCACAAGAUUAAGCCAGGCGAUCUCGACAGGGGCAAUUCCCCGGCGUAUGGGCUUAGUCAGAGAGGAGGUUGCGAGAGAGGAGGAGAGUGGGAUUCGGAUGGAGAGGCAGAAGCCAUCCGCCGAAUCACGAGGGAAAGAGAGCUCGGAGGAAGAGGAAAGCAGACGGGCGCAGAGGGAGUUGGAGUUAUACGUCGCCAAAUCCCCUGUUGUUCCCGCUGCCGCCCCUACUCCGAGGGGCCAGACUAGAGUAAACUCGGGAGGGGGUCCACCGACGAAGAAGAGCAGGAAGAACAAGAAGAAGAAGAGCAAAAAUCCUCCUCAGCUCACAAAGGAAGAUUAUGUCUCGGCAUAUCUGUCCAGCUCGGACGACGAUGAGCCGGGUUCGCCGAUCAGAGGAUUCUUCGGCGGUGUCUACUCUGGGACGGCCGAGAUAGACUGGGAUAACUGGUCCCCGACCCGUCAUCCAGAGGAAGUAAACCAGACACCGGAAAACAACGAAGACGAGAGGAGGAGAGGAGAGGAGCGACAAGAAGAGGAAGAGAGAAAUCGGCGAGAAGAAAUGGAGCAGAGAGGAAAAGAGGCCAGAGAACGAGAAGAAGAGCGGCGAGCCCGAGAGGAGGAACAGCGACUGCGCGAGGCCCACGACGAUGAAAAGCGGCUCAGAGCAGAGCGAGCCGCUGCCGCAGCAGAGGAGAGAAAGAGAAAGAGCGAGAAGGAGAAGAAGGUGAGAGAGGAAGCCGAGCGUUGCCGUCAAGAGGAGCAGCGGACACGAGACGAAGCUGCCUCCAUGCUCGUCGACCAGGAGCAGAUGGAAGCAGAUCCACCAGCAUCUGCUGCAACCCCGGAGAACGACAUGAGCCGGGAGGAGGCUGUAGCAGCAAGGAACGCACGACGCAACACAGCCAGAGCCGCCCGAAGAAGAGAAGCGAGGCGUAUUCAGAGGGAGACGAGAGAGGAGACUGAGGCCUGCCUACCAGCCCGAGACCAACCAGUCCCAGUGGCGAGGACAGCGGCCAACGGCUCCGACGAGAGAGGUAGAGAGAGAGAGAGAGAGAAGAGACGCGAGGAACGUCAUCGAAGAUCGCUCGGCGGAUCGAACAAGGAGCCGCUCCUCCAACCGCAGGACCCUGCCUGUAAAGGAAAGGGGAGCGUGGUUCGGAGGACUCCGACCGAUUCCAACGAACCCGACGAUCGACCCAGCCCCGUACAGUUGUUUUAACUGUUGGCAGCCGGGCCAUGGUGUUACCACAUGUACUAAAGGGAUCACCCGUGACUUCUGCGGUAACUGCGGGAGACACGGAGUCCAGGUGACCAGCUGUCCGCGGUGCGCCGAGGCCUUUCGGAGCCGCCAACAGCGAGGAGGAGGUUACGUUCCUAUCGAAACGGCCAGUGGCGUCAACUUCGCCGAAGAGAACUGGGACGAACCCGAUAGCUGUCAGCGAGAGGAACCGGAGAGACGGGACCAUCGCCACCGAGAAGAACGAGAGGCUCGUCAGCGUCAAGAGAGAGAAGAGAGAGAGGAACGAGAAGCGAACGAUCGCCGCAUACGAGAGGAAAGGCAGCAGCAGGAAGCGACGUAUCGGAACGAGGUCGAAGGGCUGGUGACACGAGAGCUGUAUCAACAGCUAUACCAACAGCAGGAGAGGGAGCGUCUCCGCUGUCUCCGCCCCGAAGUGGACACCCCGAAUCGCUCGAUCCACGUCGUCAGGGAGGUCCCUAACUACAGCCAGCAAGAGGAGAGGAACAUCCUCCUUCAAAUCUUGCGAGGCUUAGAAGGAGUAUCACCUGAGACGAGGGAACUCGUCCUUCGGCGCAUUUACGGAGGACGGUGGGAGGAUUGAGCAGAAUAGAGAGAGAGAGAGAGAGCCAGAGAGAGAGGAGUACCACAAGAAAGACAAGAGGGAAGAGAAGUCGGGGUUGCGGUUGUGCUCCAAACGCAACCCCGGGGCGAGUGGGAGGAUGUAGGGUGGCGCCCCCGCCCAACUUAAAACCCACUCCAAUGGGAAUGAGUUGGACGGUCCUCUUCCUGGACCUACGAUGGGGUCCGUCUCUCCUGGGGGUAGCAAAGUGAAGGGAGGGGGAUUGCGACGUUGUACGUCGCAGCCGAGCAAAUCGCGCUUUGCUGUUUGCGCGGCAACCUCACUCGAUGCGAGGAAGAAAAGACGAUCGGUUCCAGCGAGGCCCGCGUUUUCUCGGACGCGAACUACGUCCCGGGAAUUCGUGGAAUUCGCUGGCCGACGUACGCAAGGGGGGAGCUCGCCGGUUCGAGCUGGCGCGAAACGAGCAGCCAAUUAGCACGUCUCGCGCCUCGCGCAGCCAAUCGGGCUACGUUAUCAGCCGGGCCCGACGGACGACGGCGAGACGCCGAGCGCGCGCGGCGGAGCGGCUCGGCAGUUCCUUUCCGAGCCUUGUCGAUAACACUUCGAAGUGACGAGAGCACGCGAGAGGGAAUCACGAAGAGAGUGAGAGUGAGAGAUAGAGAGCAGCAGCGCCACGACCUGGACCAUCGCCCCGAGGAAGAGAUCCCUCCCCGGAGACGACUAUCCAGCCGUUCAGCCAGAGGAAGGAAGCCGGAACGGGAGCCAGGCCUUCAUUCCCCUGUCUGCAGAGAGAGAGAGAGAGAGAGAGAGAGAGGAAGAGCGAGAGAGAAAGAGUACGGGAAGCCAGCACCUCCUGGGCUAGCGAGGCUUCCACUGGGGGACGAGAGACUGGUGUUCGUCUCUCCUACACCAGGUAAGAAUUCUUGGGUUGCUCGGGAUACUCUCGGUGCGAGCCAUUAGGCCGCCGAGAGAAACGAGAGAGAGAGAGAGAAAGUCGCGAGUGUGUCCGAGAAAGAGUGAGUGAGACGAGAGAGCGGUGUACGGUGCGGGCGUACACCUCGACGUCGUCUACGCGGGGCAUCGGGCCAGUGUACACGAGAGCGGGAAAAGAAGAGAACAGGGUAGCGUAGAAGGAUCGCGGGAGAGUGUGUGUGUGCGAGAGCGAGAGAGAGAAGCAUCGGGGCGUUCGAGAAGUCCUCGCUGCUCGGUAGCAGCAGGUCGGGCUUGCUGCCAACGCGCGGCAAAGUCGGUGCGCGCGAGCAUCGAGAAGAGCGGGAGAGAGUAGAGAAGGAAGGGGACAACCGAUAGCUACGCCGGCGUCGGUUUAGGCCUCGCCAGGCCGGGACCGCCGGCGCGAGCUGUUAGUGAGCGCGCCGAUACGUGUGUGCGUGCUCGAGAGUAGAGAGGGGGGGCCGCGUUGGUUCGGCCGACAACGCUGCCGUGAGCGCGCGCUGUGCUCGCGAGUAUCCGUGCGGGAGAGAGAGAGAGAGAGAGAUCGAGAGAGAGAACGAGCGCGCCGGCCGUAUCGCCACUCGAGCUGGUCGCGCCGAGCCGAAAUUCGGAAGCGGGAGAGAGAGAGCGCAGACGGGUCAGACUGCGCAACGUCAGAGGCGAGAGACUCGAGGCGUGCGCGCGUAUAUGAGAGUAGAGGUGUGACGGCGAG